AAGUUUCGCUGAACGGAGUGCUGACGUCACGUGUCAACACCAUGCAAAAAAAAGGUCUCCGUCCUGGCCAAUCAGCGCAGAGUCCCACCGACUCUUGUAAAGAUGGCGACGGUGAGCAACAGAGGAGUGAAAGCUGGACGCUUUACCGUUACUAAACACCGCUGGUUCCGACAACGUACGGAUUGACACAGCAAGUGGGAGCGAGAGUGAAUCGACCCGUUUGUCAGCAGCUGUGAGCUGAUCGGUGCUGCGGGCUUGUCGCUGCGGGCCUGGUUGCUUUUGCUUUCGGGUUAGACUGUCGGAUAGCUCAUUAGCUUCAACUUGGAAAGCGAAGGCUAGCACAGUGGGGCUAGCUGUGUAGCUCCAUCGGCUGCUGGGGACUCUGUACGGCAUUCAUGGAUUUAUAGCCCGACUCUUGAGAACACUGGACUGCAUGUGCAUAUGUAGAGUUUCUUUUUUUACAAAAACAACACCGAUGACUCGUUUGGAUUAAAAAACACUUACGGGGCACCGUCGAUCUGGCACAUUGCGACACUGCCUGUUGUGCGAAGUGACUUUGUGCCGUCAUGUAUUUUCUAACCGGCUGGCCCCGGCGGCUGCUUUGUCCGCUGAGGAGUGAAGAGGAGCCGUUCCACAUCCAGCCCAGCUCCCAGAGGUUCUACUUCGGCGUGCUGUCAGAGACGCAGCUCAGCAUCUGGUUUAGUAGGCCCAGUGUUUUGAUAGUCAGCUAUAUCGAGUCUGCAAAGGCGGCGGCCCAGUUUGGCUUCUACCAGAAGGCCGAAUGGAAACCAGACGACUCCAUGAUCGCUGUGGCGACUGCCAAAGGCUACAUCCUGUUGUUUGAUGUGCUGGGUAGAGGGGAUGACAAAUCCCUCUAUGAGCCGGUCUAUCCAAAAGGAAGUCCUCGUGUGAGGGUGACCCCGGGGUACAAGGAGGAGCAAUGUGCCCCCGCUUUGUCUUUAGAGAUGAAGAAGCCCAUAGACCUGGAGGCCCAUAUAACCAGUCUGCGGUCCCUUCAGGAGGACUUGUUGGUCUGCACCGCAGACGGCUAUCUCCAUGUGCUGCACUGGGACGGGCUCGGCAGCAACGGACGCAAGGCCAUCUGCCUCACUACGAUCCCCUUCUCGCUAGACCUGCAGUCUGCCCGAGGUGGUCCCUCUCUAGACCUGGAAGGAGUGUAUAUCCGCAGUAUGGAGUAUUGUGUCACCCUGGAUGGCUUUGCUGUGGUGCUGAGUGACGGACGCCUGGGCUUUAUCACACCACUCAGCAACACCAUCACCGCAGAUCAGCUGCAGGGCGUCUGGGCAGCAGAUGUGAAUGAUGGCACCUGUGUGGCUGUCAACAACAAGUACAGACUGAUGGCCUUUGGCUGUGCCAGCGGCUCAGUGCUGGUGUACAUGAUAGACACCACGACAGGAUCCAUGCAGCUCUCCCACAAACUGGAGCUCACCCCAAAACACUACCCAGACAUCUACAACAAGACGGGCCCAGUCAAGUUGAUCUGCUGGUCACCUGACUACAGCGUGGUCAUGGUUACAUGGAAGUGUGGCGGCCUAUCGCUGUGGAGUGUCUUUGGAGCUCACCUCAUCUGCACUCUGGGAGAGGACUUUGCGUAUCGUUCUGAUGGUACCAAGAAGGAACCUGUUAAAAUCAGCUCUAUGAGCUGGGGAGCAGAGGGCUACCACCUAUGGGUGCUCCCUAUCAAACAGGAGAGGAGGAGGCAGCAGCAGCAGCAGCAGCAGCAGGAGGAGGAGGAGGAGCAGCAGCAGCAGCAGGAGGAAGAAGAAGAAGAGGAGGAGGAGAUGGCCACACCUCCUCACCCCUCCCUGCAGGCCGGCAUACUGCAGUUCCACUUCAUCAAGAGUGCCCUGACCGUCAACCCCUGCACGAGUAACCAGGAGCAGGUGUUGCUCCACGGUGAAGACCGCCUCUACCUGACCUGUGGCGACCCCUCGCAGGUCCACAGCGCCUCCGACACGCACCCGCACACACACUUGCACCCACCCGACGGCAGCCCGCCGCACCAACCCCCCGACCCCGACUCCUCUCUCUCUCAGGGACUCAGCACUUUACUGGGACACAAGCACUGGCAUGUGGUCCAGAUUCACAGCACAUACCUAGAGAGCAACUGGCCUAUACGGUUUGCAGCCAUAGACACAGCAGGCCAGUGCAUGGCUGUAGCAGGGAGGCGGGGCUUUGCACACUACUCCUUAUUCACAAGGAAAUGGAAGCUGUUUGGAAACAUCACUCAGGAGCAGAACAUGAGGGUGACGGGAGGUCUGGCUUGGUGGAAGGACUUUGUGGUGGUUGCCUGUUACAAUUAUAUUGACCAGCAAGAGCAGCUGAGGCUCUAUCAACGCUCAUCUAACCUGGACAACGCCUUUGCAUCCGUCACUAAGCUGCACUCAGACACUCUGUUGCUCAACGUCUUCAGAGAUAUGGUCAUCGUGUUCAGAGCCGACUGCUCCAUCUGCCUCUAUAGCCUAGAGAGGAGGAACGACGGUCCACACCCGACAGCCAGCGUGGAGUUGCUGCAGGAGGUGUCAAUGUCUCGCUACAUCCCUCACCCGGCCCUCGUGGUGUCUGUCACACUCACCUCUGUGCGCACAGAGACUGGCAUCACAUUGAAAGCCCCGCAGCAGGCCUGCAUGGCAGAGAGCAUCAUGUUGAAUCUGGCUGGCCAGCUGAUCAUGCUGCAGAGGGACCGUUCAGGGCCGCAGGUACGGGAGAAGGAGACGCCUGCCAACAACAAGAAGCUGCUACCAUUUUGUCCCCCAGUGGUGCUGGCCCAAUGUGUGGAGAAUGUGUGGACCACCUGUCGCUCCAACAGGAAGAAGCGCCACCUGCUGGAGGCCCUGUGGUUGUCCUGCGGUGAGGCCGGCAUGAAAGUGUGGCUGCCGCUGUUUCCCCGAGACCAUCGCAAGCCCCACUCCUUCCUUUCCAGGCGCAUCAUGCUGCCCUUCCACAUCAAUAUCUACCCUCUGGCCGUGCUGUUCGAGGACGCCCUGGUGCUGGGGGCAACCAACGAGACUGUGCUCUAUGACGGGCUGCAGGGAGCCUCUGAGCCCCUGGAGGCGCUGUUCCCCUACUGCACCGUGGAGAGGACCUCCCAAAUCUACCUCCAUCACAUCCUGCGGCAGCUGCUGGUUCGCAACUUGGGUGAACAGGCUUUGAUGCUGGCUCAGUCAUGUGCCUCCCUCCCUUACUUCCCUCAUGUCAUGGAGCUGAUGGUGCACGUCGUGCUGGAAGAAGAGGCCACAUCGCGGGAGCCCAUCCCCGACCCUCUGCUGCCCACCGUGGCCAAGUUCAUCACAGAGUUCCCCCUCUUCCUCCAGACCAUCGUUCACUGCGCCAGGAAGACGGAGUACGCCCUGUGGAACUACCUGUUUGCCGCUGUGGGGAACCCCAAAGAUCUGUUUGAGGAGUGUCUCAUGGCUCAAGACCUGGACACAGCAGCCUCGUAUCUGAUUAUACUACAGAGCAUGGAGGUCCCAGCAGUGAGCAGACAACACGCCACUCUACUCUUCAACACGGCGCUUGAGCAGGGCAAGUGGGACCUUUGCAGGCACAUGAUCCGAUUCCUCAAAGCCAUCGGCUCCGGGGAGAUGGAUACUCCGCCCCCAACGCCCACCACACAGGAACCCAGCUCAACUGGCGGUUUUGAGUUCUUCAGAAAUCGCAGCAUCAGUUUGUCACAGUCGGCAGACGCCAUCGCUACGGGCAAGUUCAACUUGCAGAAGACCUUCAGUAUGCCUUCUGGACCCUCUUCUAGAGGUCGGGACGGGGAGUGUCCGGAGAACAUGUACAUUGACAUGAUGCUCUGGCGCCACGCCCGCCACCUCCUGGAGCAGGUGCGCCUCCGCGACCUCGGUUGCUUCUCUGCACAGCUGGGCUUCGAACUCAUUGGCUGGUUGUGUCGCGAGCGAAACCGGGUGGCUCGCGUUGAGGACUUUGUCUCUGCGUUGAAGAGACUCCAUAAGGAUUUCCUCUGGCCCUUCCCUGUCAUUCCCGGGGGAAGCAUCAGCUCGCCUCUGAAGAACGGACGCUGUCGCACAGUGCUGAGCACCCGGCUGUUGAAGUCGCAGUCAGCUGACAGCCUGUUGAACAGCGACAUGGACACAGCGCCCCCUCAGGCAGCUUCCAGCAACAACACCUGGCUGGAUGGGCUCGGGCAGAGGUCCAAAGACAUGGACGCGGCCUCGUCCUCUCAUUCCAACCAACACUCGCCACAGACGCACGAUGCUUUCCUCUCUCUGCUCACCAACAAAGUGGAAGAGUACAGCGUCGGCUCUGCCACAGACUUGACAGAGACCAGCUCGGUGGUGGAUGGCGACUGGACGAUGGUCGAUGAGAACUCGUCCACGCUGAGCCUGAGCCAGGCCGAGCUGGAGCACAUCUCCAUGGAGCUGGCCAACAAAGGCCCGCACAAGUCCCAAGUGCAGCUCAGGUACCUCCUUCAUGUGUUCAUGGAGGCAGGCUGUCUGGAGUGGUGCGUCGUGAUUGGUUUGAUCCUACGGGACGCCAACGUCAUAAAGCAGGUGAUCGGCUUCCUGGACAGCCCAGAGGUUCCCCAAGACACCGUGCAGAGCGUCCAAAGCGGCUUAUUGGCCGUCGACACGUGGGUCUCCACUGACUGCCUCGGGUACAAACCGUUUCUAAACCUGAUCCAGCCCCAGCUUCAGGAUCUGAUGGAUUCAGCAGCUGAGCAGGUGCAGCCCGAGGCCUUCCAGCCCAGCAGCCAGAGCUCCAAGCUUGGCGGCUCCGAAGGGCCGGGAGGUGCUGCGGCGCCUCGGCCGGAGGACGGUAGAGGAGCGACGGCUCCGCUGGGCCUGGCCCUGCCCUCCCUCGAACCCGCCGGAAGUUUCCCCCGCCCCCCUUCUGAGGACUGUCCUCCUGAACAGACGGAGGAGCUGGGAGAGGACGAGGGAGCCUACGACUGCACCUUGUCCUGAAGCCUCCUCCGGACUCGAACCUGUGAACUCGAGGGAAGGAAAGGAGGAGGCAGCAGCAGUUGCUUGCCCAAAAUAUACGUGUGCGCGCGUGUGUGUGUGUGCGUGCGUGCGUGCGUGCGUGCGUGCAUGCGGAAAGUACCUCUCCUGCAGGUUCUUACAUCGGUCAGUAUUAUCCACUCUUCAGAUUUGCCUCUUGUUUUGACUGGAACUCCUGUGGAAGCCCAAAGACUCACACAACCAGUGACAGGCUCUUCUCUAACAGGCCACCUAUGUCAGUUUGUGCAGUUACACAUCAUGUUGUGGUGCUUGGAAGCUGUACACCAACACAGGAAAGGCUACCAGGCUUCUUUUUUUUUUUUUUAUUACAAGGCAGAUGUUUUGUGUGCGGAACUUUUGUUUGGCACUCAUUCAAGUGCAACUGGAGACUUUGGAAUGUCCUCUCUUUGUCCAGACAAAAACCUCAAUUGUUUAAUGCAAAAGGUGCAAGAAUCAGUUCAAAGACAACGGAAAAACAAACCUGAGCGUAUUGGCAUCAUGCUACAUUGUAGAACAAAGAGGCGUUUCAUACUUUCAUACCUCAUGAUUUCAAAAUAUUUUGUGAUACCUUUUUCAAUAAUGUAACGGUGUACACGAUAACAUUAUUUUUCUAUCAAUUGCACCGUGUCCCUGGAGUCUCCCUGUAAAAACUAAACUGGUAUGAAUUCUAUGUAGUUCUUGAGAAGUGACGACCUUAAGAUUUCUAAGAAAAUGAUCUCUGAGAAUAAUCCACUGUUGUGAGUGCAGACUAGUUUCUUACCUCUGAGCCAGAAUCAGCUCGUCUGAUCUUCUUCAUGUGGUCCAGAGUUUAAGACAACAAGCAGAUCAGUGUUAAGCCUUCCCGGGGUGAGCAGAUUUACGGCCGUACUGUAGUGCAGUGAAGGCAAUAUAAAAACCAAAUCAUGAAACUUUAUCCAGCUUUUUAAACACACGUUUGGGUUUCAGUCUCCAUCCUAUCUUCGGCUUUGCAAAUUGUUAUUAAAGCCAUCCUACGUAGUCGAUUUUUACCGAUCCCUCAUCGAAAGAGCAUCAUCUGACCACCUCUGACACGUCGGCACCAUUUUUAACGUGAGGGUGAGAUUGAUUUAGUCGUCGCUUUGGCUGCGUGUUGUGAUCUUCUAUUUAAUCUGGCCCAAUAUGCACAUCACACCCCUGAACUGCUUGCGUCAAUGAGUACCGAUUUGUGUGCUUUUCUUUGUGGGACUCUGAAUAUGUUUACCACAUCGUGUCGACAUGUUUGGUGACUUCCAUCACAUGCAAACUGAUUUUAUAGUAUUAGUGCUUGUUAUUAUUACCAUUAUUUAUUGGCAUCAUAGCGGAGUGGUAAUUGCUGACUUGGUUCUCAGUUGGUUUUUAUGACUGAUAAACUUUUCCCCCUUUCUUUAGUUAAUGAAUGUCGUGUCUCUACUGCGAGCACUAAAAGGUUCAUCACAGAUAUGUCAGUAUUAUAUUGUGCAAUGUAUCGAAAUGUUACUCAGCUUUAUUUCUUAUGUUCACUACUUUCCCCCCCGGCUGUUUGCUUAUGCGUUCCACGAUAGACCAAAUCAUAUUUUAUAGAUUCAUAUUUGUUUUUGCUCUCUUGCCGGGUGUGGUAUCUGUUGAAGUUUUCGAUUCUUCGGUGGUUUCUGUUUUAUGAAAAUCUGUAUUGUUGGAACUCUUUACUGUUCGGGCAAAAACGACGUGUCGUCGUCACUCGGCAUGCUGUCGGGCCAGUCUCCGCUCUGAACAAGCCUACAGCCACACUACGCUGCUCCGCUGUAAGCUUCGACUUGAAUAAAAAGGUAACGCGACGAACCAAAGACUUUAACGUCCAGAGGCCUUCUGUUUUAAACCGGUGGAGCGCUUGACUUAUUAUGCAGAGGGGGGGGGGAGAACCAUCUAUCUCCCUUACCCCAUCGGAAACAUAACCAUGGAUGCAUACGAGACAAUUUCCUACGGAAAUGAAUAUUGCAGAUGUUUUUUUUUGUUUUCCAUCUCUCGGUCUCGUGGUACUCGGGUGUCGCGCUCUGGACGGCUCUCCCUCCCUCCCGUGCACAGUGGAGACGUUUUAUUUCUGUGGGUGGCAGCAGCAGCAAAACAUCCUCAAUGCAGUGUAAAGAUACUCUCUUGUACAUUUGCCUUUUCUACUCAUGGUUGGUUUUCUACUUCAUUUUUUUCUUUUCUUGUACAUAAAGACCAAUAAAUUAUUUUUUAAAAUGUAAGUUUGCCUAUAUUUCUAAUUGUAAUCUGAUCUGUUAUGUACAUGGAAGCGAAAUGACACGUGUUGUAAAUAGAACAAUGGUAAUGUAAUAAACUGUUUUAAUUGCUGUACAAGUGCUAAUUUAAUUCAAGCUUUUGUGCAUAUUUGUUAAAUCGUCCCGUCCAUUCAAACAGAUGGAUACCCUGUUAUCAGAUCAAUUAAUUCAUAUUGACAAGACAAAUAUGCAAUAAAAAGAAAAACAGCAGUUUCA